AUGGGUGACGGUUGUCUCUCCCUUGUCCUACAGCUGGUCCAGAACCUCCACCUCUACUGUUUCCUGUUCUGGAAGAUCUUCUUCUUCAACCAGCGGCUGUCAGGGCUGGUCCAGGAGGCCCAGGGGUUCUGCGGCCAGCAGGCCCACCCACUGCCCAGGCUGGCAGUCUGCCCUGUAGACUGGCUUCCACGGGCUGGGCUGGCACUGAUAGAGGUCCCUGUGUGGCUGGUGCUGCGGGUGCCCAGGCUAGUGUGGGCAAGCAUGCUGGGCUGUGCCUGGGCCUUGGGCCUGGACCUGAAGAGGCUAGGUACCUGGGAGCAGCUGGGCCUGUCUGUGGCCACCUGGGUGGAGCUUCUUCUGUCCUGUCUGCACAGCCUGAUGCUGGCAGCCUUGCUUCUGCUGCUGCUGACCUUGAGGCUGUGCUGGAAGGCCCACCGCUGUAGCCUGGGCUGGCUGCCCAGCAAGGCUCUGCUUCAGAAGCAUGUGACGCUGAAGCCAAUGGCACUGCUGAAGCAUCUGUACUGGGGGGUGGAGAGCCUGAUAGUGCCCACCUCUUGGCACUUGGCCUAUCUCAUCACUCGGACCACCUGCCUUGCCUCUCACCUGCUGCAGGCUGCCUUUGAGCACACAGCCGAGCUGGCCCAGGCCCAGGCCCAGGCCCAGCAGGCUGAGCCCCAGGGGGCCUCAAGGCCUUUGUGCCCUUCUUCUGAGUCUGAGGAGCCAGCCGGCCUGGCCCUGGAGGAAGACUUGUAG